UCCCCAUCCUGUGACCUGCUGGAAAUAAUUGCCUGUUAGAAGACAGAGUGUAUGAGAUAGAGCAGUUAGUACAGAAUAGAAGGAGCCAAGGACCCCAGCAGACAUGCCAGCCUCCGAGUGCUAUUUCAAUGUGGACGGUGGCUACCUGGAGGGAUUGGUCCGAGGAUUUAAAGGGGAAAUCCUGAAGGUUGCCGACUACAUCAAUUUGGCACAGUGUGAAACCCUGGAGGACUUGAAAUUACAUUUGCAGACCACAGACUAUGGAAACUUCCUGGCCAAUGAGACAGGUCAACUCACAGUAUCCGUCAUUGAUGGAAAGCUGAAAGAGAAACUAAUGGCGGAGUUCCACUACUUCAGGAACCAUGCCUUCGAGCCACUGGCCACGUUCCUGGACCUCAUAACCUGUCACUACAUGAUUGAUAAUAUCAUCUUGCUGAUCACAGGGACCUUACACCAAAGACCCAUUUCUGAGCUGGUUCCCAAGUGCCAUCCUCUGGGCAGCUUUGAGCAGAUGGAAGCAGUCAACAUUGCUCAGACUCCUGCAGAUCUCUACAAUGCUAUUAUAGUGGACACUCCUCUAGCUGAAUUUUUCCAAGACUGCUUGUCAGAAAAUGACAUGGAUGAAAUGAAUAUUGAAAUUAUGCGCAACAAGCUAUACAAGUCCUAUCUGGAAGCAUUUUACAAGUUCUGUAAAGGUCUCGGAGGGACAACCGAAGAAAUUAUGUGUCCUAUUCUUGAGUUUGAAGCAGACAGACGGGCAUUUAUAAUCACUAUAAACUCUUUUGGCACUGAGCUUAACAAGGAAGACAGACAGACCUUGUACCCAACAUGUGGAAAGCUGUACCCAGAGGGGCUGCAACUGCUCGCCGACGCUGAAGACUAUGAGCAAGUGAAAAGCAUAGCUGAAUAUUAUGCUGAGUACAGAGCUUUGUUUGAAGGGGUUGCAACUGGAACUGGAGAGAAGACAUUGGAAGACAAGUUUUUUGAGCAUGAAGUUAAAAUGAACGUGCUGGCGUUUAACAAUCAGUACCACUUUGGUGUCUUCUAUGCUUAUGUGAAGCUGAAGGAACAAGAAUGUCGGAAUGUUGUCUGGAUUGCUGAAUGCAUUUCUCAGAGGCACAGAACAAAAAUCAAUAACUACAUCCCCAUUCUGUAGAAACAUUACCAGUCAUAUUAUCUCCAAUUAUUUAUUAAACUCUGCCCCAUUCCGUAGUGUUGUACUGCUCAUCUGUUAAGUGAUUAUACUCUUUGAAUGUAUGGAUUUGUACAUGAACUCCAGAAAGUUUUC